AUGGCAGAAACGUCACUUUCAGCAGAGAAACUAAAACGUUUACUCCUGAGACUGCCACAUGAAUGUCUGGGAUUAGAUUUGAGCGGCAUCAGCAGCUCGAGACUGGCGAAAACGGUAUUGAGGCAUCUUUGGCAGCUCAUUCGCAACCCAAAUUCCGCUGUAACACACCGUAAAAGAGCGCAGAUCAUUUUGAUCACUUUGGCGUUUUCAGCGGCCACAGCAGGGUCUGGAAUAUGCUACGGGGUUUAUAAACUGCUGGCAAAUAUUCGAACAGGCGCUUUUGGCCGGAAGCCGGUCAUGAGACGCACUAGAUCGCAAGUAAUGUUGGCCAACGGCGCACGGGUGAUGUAUGUACCGUACGAUGAAAAUGCAGACAAUAAAAAGCGGGUGUUCAUCAGGCCCAAAAACGACGAUCGUUACGAGCACGAUAAAUUCCUAUUCAAGUAUUUGGGCAAAAAUAAACCCUCCCAGCUAUUCUACUCGAAAUUUCUCAGCCAGCUGAGUAUCAUAUACCGCAUUUUGGUUCCCACAUUUACGGAUCGAAACUCGUUUUUGCUAGCUUUCCAGAUUUUUUUCCUGGUGAUGAGAACAUGGUUAUCGCUGUUCGUAGCACGCUUAGAUGGUCAGAUCGUCAAGGACAUUAUAUCUGGGAAGGGUAGGAAAUUUUUGGUCGAUCUUCUGUGCUGGUUUCUCAUUGCAUUCCCCGCAUCCUACACCAAUAGUGCAAUCAAAUUUUUGCAACGCAAGUUGAGUCUGAAUUUUAGGAUCAAUUUGACACGCUACAUCCACGACAUGUAUUUGGACAAAAGACUGUCAUUUUACAAGCUGGCAUUCGAUAAUCAAGCAUCCAGCUCCGUUAUUGCGAAUAUAGAUAAUUCUAUUACCAAUGACGUCACAAAGUUUUGUGACGCAAUCUGUUCAGUGUUCGCUAACAUAGCCAAACCCGUUAUCGACUUGGUCUUUUUCUCCGUAUACUUGAGGGAUAAUCUCGGAACUUUUGGUAUCGUGGGGAUUUUUGUCAAUUAUUUCAUCACUGGCUACAUUUUGAAACGCUGGACGCCUCCCCUGGGUAAGUUGGUGAGUAAACGUUCCGCGGCAGAAGGAGAUUAUUAUAACUACCACUUGAACUUGAUCAAUAACACUGAAGAAAUCGCGUUCUAUCAUGGUACCAAGGUCGAGCGGACCAAAGUCAAUGCACUGUACGAUUAUUUGAUGGAACAAAUGUUGUUGGUGGACCGCGUGAAAAUCAAUUACAACAUACUCGAAGAUUAUGUCCUCAAAUACACUUGGUCAGCGCUAGGGUAUGUCUUUGCCUCAAUUCCAAUCGUUGUAACAACAUACAGUACCGGCAUCAACAAUGAGGAGAUCAAUAUGCGCGAGUUCAUCGUAAAUAAACGCCUCAUGCUAUCUUUGGCCGAUGCUGGAAGCAGACUCAUGCAUUCUAUCAAAGACAUUGCACAGCUUACUGGAUACACGAACAGGAUUUUCACAUUGCUCGCUGUUUUGCACAGGGUGCACUCGACAGAUUUCAAUUACGGUGCUGCAAUCGACGACUUAGAUUUGAAAGUAGACGAAGAUUCUUCUUUCAGUACUGAAGCCGUUAGGGGAACAGUACAAAAAGGAUUUAAUGGAAUACGUUUUGAAAACAUUGACGUUAUCAUCCCUUCAAGGUACGGUAAGGAAGGUACAAAACUAAUCAACAAGUUGAGAUUUCAAAUCCCACCAGUUCCACUUCUGGACAGUGCAAAUUCUGACUCUCAAAUUAACCUAAGUCAAAAGUUGAUGCCCCAAGGUCCUGGCAGCAGCAUGUUGAUACUGGGACCCAACGGAAGCGGUAAAACCUCCAUUCAGCGCAUAAUUGCUGAAAUUUGGCCCAUUUACAAUAAGAACGGCUUAUUGUCUGUCCCAGGUGCAGCCGAUCUAUUCUGUGUACCUCAAAGGGCUUAUUUUAUACAAGGCGGAACUUUCCGGGAUCAGAUCAUAUAUCCCAUGUCUGCAGACACUUUCUAUGACGCAGGACAUAAAGACAAGGAGCUUGUUCACAUCUUAGGUGAAGUCAAGCUGGAUUACCUUCUCAAAAGAGGAAAAGGGUGGCAAUACCUAGAUGCGGUCGCGGAGUGGAAAGACGUCUUAAGCGGUGGCGAGCGGCAGCGUAUGAAUUUCGCGCGAAUCAUGUUCCACAAACCGAGAUUUGUGGUGCUUGACGAGGCGACAAAUGCGAUUAGCUCUGACAUGGAAGACUACCUUUUCAAUUUGCUGAAAAGGUACCGUUUCAAUUUUAUCACCAUCUCACAGCGCCCCUCGUUGAUUAAGUAUCACGAUCUUGCACUUGAUAUUGAAGGAGACGAGACCUGGCGCCUGCAAGAUUUGGGUACAGAUGAAGCUAUUACGUCUAUUGACAAAGAAAUUGAGACUUUGCAAGAAAAACUUGAAAAUGUCAAUUUGUGGGAACAGGAGCGCACCGCGCUUAGUCGGAAACUCGCUUAUAUUUAA